AUGGAGGYAUUUGUGGUGAACACGUCGAGACUYGUCAGUGAUGUGAUCGGUGGUAUUGCYGAGCUUAAAAACACAUUUCAUACAGAAGGCCAACCAAUCAAUGAYGACAAUGUCACUCUACAAAAGUUUUGUGUCAAGUUGGAAACGAUUUUAAGACAUCAGCADAAAGAAAAAUACACACUGCUAGGCAUCAGAAAGGAUUAUUGGAAUUUCAUCACCGAUGUUGUUUCUAAGGAUGAUGGUGUCAAGUAUGUCAACAUGAUUCCACAGAUGAAAACAUCACAAGGCAAAGGAAGGUGCUUCAUAAGAUACGCUCUAGUCAAACAAACUCUCGCAGAUACCAUUCAAAGACUUCUUGUCAGCAAAAGUACUCUCAGUUCCUGGUAUCGAGAAGAUGCCAUUUUGCGAAAUCCAUCCUUGUCAACAGCUCUUAUAAAUAAACUCUACGACCUUAAUGGCGUGGAAUUUGAUUUGCCGUGUGCUGGUUAUGACCUGGACAUUUCCUGGCCUGCCUUCUCAARAUAUUCUUUUAUUACCAGUUCCUGGUAUCGAGAAGAUGCCAUUUUGCGAAAUCCAUCCUUGUCAACAGCUCUUAUAAAUAAACUCUACGACCUUAAUGGCGUGGAAUUUGAUUUGCCGUGUGCUGGUUAUGACCUGGACAUUUCCUGGCCUGCCUUCUCAAAAAGAACAGCGAAGGAUGGAAACUCGUCAGGUCGGAGAGACAGUAUAAGUAGCAUGACAAGCGUUGAUUUUAGGAAUGAAAGACGAGAUCCUGUUAUAGACUUGGCCGCUGAAGUCGCAUCCUUGAUGGAGUUUUUUGAAACUGAAGCCACAGGUCCUCGAGAAGGAAAGGCGAAGUAUGACAGCAUAAGCUUAACUUCUGCGUCUGAGUMUCCGACAAUCAACGAAAUAACCUUACAAGUUUCAGGCAUUCACAAGCGCGCAUUGCAGUGGAAAGCAGACUUCGUUAACGAAAGAGCCUCCACAGCCCAUUCUCUGCGGAAAGCACAAGAUGACAGACARUUUGCUAUUCAGGAAUCGGAAUUAAAAACAAAGCAAUUGAUGGAGAAGUUCAGUAAUCUUGCAAAGGUUGCUUCUGRAGAAAGUGAGAAGAAAAUAGCGGUACUUACAGAAGCUCUAUCGAAGGCCGAAUCGUCUUUACAAGAAAGAGACUCAGAGCUGCGAGCUCUGAGAGAUGAAGUUAAUARGUCUGUUGUAAGCACUAGCACUGCUCACAAAUCGGCCAUUGAACUUGAAAAACAGCUCAUGGCAUCCGAAAGAARAAGAACUGAAUUAGAAUCUGAAAUAGAGAAUUUGAAUUAUAAAAUACAGUCAAACGAACAGUCUGAAGGAGAAUUUAAUGAUAAAGAGAAACGAUUGAAGGAAAGGGUUACACUAUUAGAAGAAAAAGAAAUGGAAUACAAAGAGUUAAUAUCAGAACUGAGAGGAAACCUCAAAGCUAAAGAAGUUGCUUUGGAAAACAUCCAAGCGUCUUUYGAAAAGCUCACUGGCAUGGUUUUCGGGUCUUUUGAGGAACUUGAGUCGAAUAUGAAAGRGAAACURGUUGAUAAAGAAAAAGGUUUACAAAACCAAACGAUAGAGAAYAGAAAACUCGAACUUCAGGUCACAGAUCUGCGACAYCAAUUAGAAGAAACUAAAACUGCGUUAUCAGAACACAAGUCAAAGCUUAAUAGUACGGAAACAUCUUAUAAAGAUAUACAAAGUUCGAAUUUAGAGUUACAACARCUGCUUGAAGACAGUAAUGAGAGAUUAAGUCUUUACGCGUCAUUACUUCAGGAACUUCACCACGAAGCUGAAGGAGAAAACAAUGUGAACGACGUUAUGUCUUUAAAUAGCAAAAAGGAAAUUCAAUAUUAUUUCCAAUCAUUAUCAUCCCAUAUUAAAGAUUCUAAGUUAAAAAUUUCUCAAGCGCAAGACUUAAUCACUGCAAACGAUAAAGAACUAGCUAAUCGACAAGAAGAUAUCCAAAGACUMACUGACCUAAUUGAACAACAUAAACAACAGUUUAAUAAACUUCAAAACGAAGCUCAUGAAAAUGAGAAUGUCAUCRCUUCUAUUACAACGAAACUAGAAGARGCGAACAACGAAAUAAUCCGUCUAAUMAACGACAACGACGACUGUAAAASCACCAUUGAUUCUAUAAGAGAAGAAAUCAAGUUUCUAACAGAAGAGAAAACUUCUAUAGAGGCGCAGGCAAAUAUCGACAAACAGCAACUCGAGAUGGCGAAUGAGGGAAGGAUUCGCGCCGAGUGCGCGCAGAUAAAAGCUGAAGAAGAGCUAAAGAAUGUUAAGUGUGUUAUGGAGCAAGAGGUUGCUGCGUUGAGGUUUCAACUGAGCUCAGAGACAAUGAAGUUUGAAGAAGAGAUAAAGGUCUUCUCUGAGCAGAAUCGAGAAAACGUAGUUAAUAAAGAACGUUGUUUGACACUGGAGGAAACCAUCGCUGAUCUCGAGUCAAAACUGAAAGAACGCAAUAAUGAAUGGGAAAGCGAGAAGAGAAAAUUUGUGAAUGAGAUCAAACGACUUAGAAGUCAGGUUCAGYUGCUAAACAACGCGUUAGAAGGCAACAAACAAAAAAAGAUGUCUCUUGAAAACGAUCUCAUAUUGACGACCAAACAACUCGAUGAAGAGAGAGCUCGACAGAAGGAUAUUAAACAACACGUACAAGACGUAGAAGCACGAAAAUUAGAAAGUGAAAAACUACUUCAAGGAAAGAUUGAUGAAAUGGGAGACGAUAUGAAAGACCUUAAGAAUAAAAUUGUUUCUUUAACUAGGAAUUCGUUCGAAAAAAAUAGCGCCAUAUACAAAAAGUAUUGUGUUNUUUGGCAAAAAGCUGCCGAAUUUGAGCAUGAGCUCAAGUUGAAAGCCACUGAUCGAUGGGUCGAAGACAACGAAGUCAAYAAAUGUUCAAGUUGUAAGACAGAGUUUUCGUUCUUAGUGAGAAAGCAUCAUUGUCGAUUAUGUGGUCGUAUCUUUUGUCAUUCCUGCGCCAACAACUGGGUUAGGACGGCUCAUAGCAGCAAAUUAAAACGAGUCUGUAAUGGUUGCAUUUCUAAAGAUCAGCGUCUAAAGCCCCAAGAGGCUCCUCAACGUCGCAACACAGAAGACGAAGACUUUGACGACACCAUGUCAGACAUUAGCUUUGGUGCAAGCCCAAGAAAAAACAUGUCAACAAGCUCCAUUGAUGUUAGCGAUGAUGAACAAACACCAUCCACUUCCAAGACACCAACAUUAAAACGAGAUGAUSUUMSUUCUAACGCAAAGUCAAAUAAAAGUGCACGGGACGCCAUCAUACAUGAUGGCGGACACGAAAGCAAUGAUUCCUUUGGAAAUUACGAAGAAUUCAAUAAAGAAAAGUCAGAUGGAAGUACUUCARUAGAUUCUACAAAGGUUGACAGUCCUCAGGAUGUAGACUAUGAGUUUAUAGACCAGAACGAAGAAGUCGGCGAGCUACCAGAGUCACGUGUAGUGAUAAGUAAUACAGACGUGAAGGGAGARCUUGUCAUCCCCGCAGUGAACGACGAAGAGGGUAUAUCACGUGACUUCUCGGUAUCUCCUGGGACGAGGUACAUCGUACCUGUAAUGGUGGCCACUCCUGGGGCUAUWCUAUGYUGGUCGUUUAAGACUGUUUAUAAGAGUGUGAUCUUUGGUCUUGCCUACAAACAAACAGAAUCAGUGUCUGAUGAUGACAUCGAGACUCUUUACCCAUUAGCGCGGUAUAGUUCAAACGAGACACCAGUAGAAGGGGAAUGGAAAACAUCAAGUCAUGGAGUCUACGUGCUUGUUUUUGAUAAUUCUUUCUCAAGAUUCACUUCAAAACAGGUGUCGUACGUUGUUCAUGUAAAACGAAGAUCUUCGAUACUAAAGCCUUCUUGAUGAUAUCUCGAAAACAGGCAAAAAUGUAACGUACUUAACUCAUAUCAAUAACCCGAUGUCCGCCGAUGCCUAUGGCUAUUUUGAAACUUACACAAAAACACCUUCGAAACUAACGUGACUUUAGUAAACUGCCUGUUUUUCAUACACUUAGAACAUCUGCUGUAAAAUGCUUAUGGCAAUUCUUCCAGUAGUUUAGUAUUUUAUUUAUUAUUAAUUCAAUCGACCAGGAUGUAUACUUAGUAGGCAACAUAGUUGUGAGCAAUUAGAAAAGCAAAUUCUCACCUCACCGAUAAAGCCUAUAAUCAGAAAUUGAACACAGUUACUUUUGGCAAAGUACUGUUCACCAACGUCUGACAAUGACAUUAAAAACAGCGAAUUAUUAAGCGUAAAAGGCCUAGAAGCCAUUUAGAAAAAUUGUAAAAAGUGAUCGGUAAUUUAUAUGAAUUUUAAAUGUACUAUACUUGAAUUAGUUAACCCGCAAAAAUAAACAUUUAGAGGCCAGCUCUGUCAGUUAACCUUAUAUUUUUAUCGUUAAAAGACGAUACGAGGUGAGUGAAAAUUCAAUGGUUGUUUUACAAGCGCUUUAUUUGCAUGAUAAAACAGUAUUUUUACUCAUUGACUUACUGCUUGCUCACAUAAUCUUGAUCUUUGGAUCUUGAGUGAUAUUAGGCUACGCGCAGCCAGACUAUUGUCUCCAAUAUCGAACAUAAGGUGAAUCUGUUCAUUUGUGUUGAAGUGUUUUGCACGUACUAAAUGAAAAUCAUUCAUCGUUUGUUUGCGAAAAGAAACACUCUGAGCUUAGUCAUUUGCAAGUAACUGGCUGUGAGAGGUAACGCCCUGACAUAUUUCAUUU